AUGGAUAAAGUUAUUUCUUGGAAUGUGAGGGGUUUGAAUAAAACUAAUAAGCAAAUUAAGGUUAAAAAACUCAUUAACAAUAAGAAGAUUAGUUUGGUUGGCCUCUUAGAGACAAGGGUUAGAGCUCAGAAUAUGGGAGCUUUAUUCCUAAGAAUAUUUCGGGAUUGGUGUUUUACAUCUAAUAGUGCUUGGCACAAUAAUGGUAGGAUUAUAGUAGCUUGGGACCCUACUGUUUUUUCUAUGGAUAUUCAGUUCUGUACAAGUCAGUGCAUUCACUGUUGGAUUGAACCAAAGAAUGGUUUAAAGCCUUUUUACUGUACUUUUGUUUAUGCUUUUAAUGAAGAGGUUAAAAGAGCUGUUCCUUGGGAUGAUUUAAGGCGAUUGAGAUCGAAGAGUCCUUGGGUUCUUCUAGGUGAUUUCAAUGCUACUGUUAAUAAUGAGGAGAGGAUUGGAGAAAGGGUUAGGACCCUUCAUUCUGAGGCUUUCCGUGAAUGUCUGCUUGAUUGUGAUUUAGAGGAUGUUCAUUUUAAUGGCUUCUAUUUCACUUGGAGUAAUAAACAGGAUCAACCGGAUAGGAUAGUUGCUAAAUUAGACAGAGUUUUGGGGAAUAGUACUUGGAUGGAGGUUUUUGAGAAGGCUUCGGUUUGCUUCUUACCUGAAGGUUUAUUUGAUCACUCUCCUUUAGUGUUAUCUCUUAGUAAUCUGGUAGUGUUGGGAAGGAAGCCUUUUAAAUACUUCAAUAUGUGGCAGCGUUUUUCUAUGUAUAAUGAGGUAGUUUCUGAAGCUUGGAGGGGUACUGUUCAAGGGGUCCCUAUGUUCAAUGUGAUCACUAAACUUAAAAGGGUGAAAGUAGCUUUAAAGCAAAUGAAUAAUCACCAUGUGGGAGAUGUUAAUCCAUUAUAUACUCACUUUAUUUCUGAGUUGGAAAGAGUCCAGCAAGCAGUACAUAGAGAGCUUCAGAAUCCUCAAUUAGUUGAAGAGGAAAAGAGAGUUCGGAUUGAGCAUGAAAGGAUUACAGGGAUUUAUCUGGAUUUUUUGAGGCAGAAAUCAAGAUUGUUGUGGCUACAUCAGGGUGAUGCUAAUACUCAUCUGUUUCAUAGAAGCCUUAAGAGUAAAAGGAAGCAAAAUACUGUUUUGGCUAUUCGAGAUGCCUCUGGGAAUUGGCAGGAUACAGCUGAAGGAGUCCAAAAAGCUUUCAUUGAUUAUUAUACUCAUUUGUUGGGUGAUAAAGUGCACAAUAGAAUCAAGGUCAAAGUUAACAUCAUUGAGGAGGGUCCGAUUCUUUCUUCUAGAGAUACUCAAACUUUGCUUCGGCCUUUUGGGAAGGAAGAGACCCGUGAAGUAGUAUUCCUCCUGAUAAAGCUUCGGGACCGGAUGGAUUUAAUAGUUCUUUUUUCCAAAAGCAUUGGGACCUUAUUGGUGAAGAGGUUAGUGAAGCUAUUCUGUCUUUUUUAG